UUACAAGGUUAUUAUCCUACCAUACGCUCAUUAGUUUUCCCACAUUGAAAAGGGAUCGUAUAAAUACGCCAUCCACAUCAUGGAUUGUCAUUAUUCUCACUUUUACAGUUCCAGCAACUAGUACAACACAAUCAUCAUGCGUCUCUCUAGUUCUGUCACGCUUACGGUCGGAGCAGUUUUGUUCUUGACUCUUUUCGGAGGAAUCCACUCGUUCGUGAUCGGUCGCAACUUGUCCAUAUUAAUCGACGAUGGCGAUUCUCACGAGACAGCAACUGACGACUACGUAGACAGCGUGGAACACGCCCAAAAGCAGACGUCUGCAGAAGACGAUAUCCAUAACGAUUCGCUGGAAAUCAAGAGCAAUUUGCAGCUUGUUAAAGUCCUUAACCAAACAAACGGGGCUCAAAUAUUGGCUGGCGAUGGUCGUAACGAUGUCUCCUUGGAAGUUCACUCUGUCGGCGUGAACGGCACAACAUUUGAAGUAGAUCACGACGAUAUUCACGACACGCACUCGUCGGAGGACGUCGUUUUCGUCCAGCACGAACAAACUAACCCAACAGCAGAACACGUUUUCAACGAGUUUCAGCUGCAAAGCGACACGUUGGAAGUACGAGAUGAAUUGGUGAAGAAACGUAACGCACCCCAUGCGGAUGCAAAUCCCGUUCAAUCGCCAACUGAAGGGCAACUCAUCGUCCAGCGUUUUGAUAUUCAAGAUGAUUCUUUGGAAGAUCAACUUGCCCGACAGAUUGUCCCGAUGGCCGCAAAUGUUGACCAGCUGCAAACUCGCGUCGUCGUUCUUCCUUCGCCAGUAUCGAUAUUCGACAAUCUGCCGAUUAUCGGAGUUUUCGGCCAUCCAGCAUCCGACGAUUUGUAUCUCGUUAAGGAAUAUUUAGGUGAUUACUAUUUUUGGGAAAUGGAACAUGAAUUGGUUCGAGAUUCCUUGUUGCAAACGGUAAGAGACGUGAUCAAGUUGGACUCUGACUCACCCAUUAAAGUAGACGCAGCCCAGUUUGCUAAGUUUACGCAGGUGCGAUCGCUGUGGGAUGAUCGAUUCCCAACGACCACCGCUGCAGUUUGAAUUAUGUUAUCUUUCAUUGGGUGACGAGCUUUGUUAAACAUCAGGUUGUUAUUUUAACUGUUUGUACAUACGUUUCUCAAGAAUACAAUUUCAUGUUUUUAUCGUUA